GGCCGAUCAAGGUCGCUGAAGCAUUAAGGGGUUGAUUUCAAUUACACGCUACCGUGUGGUUUGAAAUGCAUGAUUGUAGCUCUGUGUUCCUAAUUCCAGAUAGCGUUACAUGCCAGCCUUCAAAGUGUUCUUUAAUUAGACUAAAACAUCCAAGAUCAGAUUUACCUUGUUUGUAUCUGUGGGAUGGUCAGUCUUCAGAGCUUUUUGAAAUUCAGAAAAUCGACGAAAAAUGUCGGUCUUGGAUGCUUGGUGAAAAUAUCAAAUCUGAUGGUGGGAUGUACGUUUGUAACCGAAUUGACCCCCUCUUCUUCUUCAUAUCAUUCUGCAGAAAAAAUGACAAGUUUAUUUCAUGGGAUGCUAUGUUGAGUGAAAUUGGUGGAUGUUUCGAUGUCUUCAGCAACAUUCCCAACAUGGAAAGUCGUCUUGAAGAAAUUUGUGACAAAAGGUGUAUCGGUAGUUUAUCUGUUUAUCGGUUAAAUGAAUCUAAGGCGAUCGAGUGGUUGUCGAAUAGAGUAUCUGCUGUUUAUAAGGCUUCCUACAACUGCAAGAAUCCUGUUUUAGUUUCUCAGCUUCGAUUAAUUGCUACUAGUUCGUCUUCUGAUCAGUACGAUGGAAAAAGUGAAGAUUCACGGGUUCCAGAAUUUACUUCUAGUUCCAAAGAAGCUGAAAUAUUAUCAACCAAUCAAUUGUCACAUCAAACAUGUUUACAUUUAGCCUAUCAAUUAGUAGCUGAUUAUCUUUCACCUGAUUUAUACAUUAAGCUUCAAGAAAAAAUUGGAUUAAAAACGAUUGAAUUCAGUUUACCAGAUAUGAAUUCCUCUGAAAAUAUAGAUCCUAUUGAUGAUAAAUCUAUCCAGAAGUCAUUUAAUUCGAAAAAUUAUCAACCCAAAGAAGACUAUUCUUCAGCAUUAAAGUUAAAUGAAUCAAAGAUCAAUGAAUCAACUGUGAAGAAAGCAAAAAUUCCAAAAGGUGUACAAUCCAUUACAAAUUUCUUCAAUAAAAAAUAGUAAUUUUAUCAUUACUAUUCACUACUAUCAAUUUAUCAUGUAUAUGUAUUAUUUGUUAUUAUGAUGAUCUCAUGUUUAAAAAAAAAACACAUCGAAGAAUGAAUUAGAAGAUUGUUUAUAUUUGAUGAAAGAGGAUGAUCUUUGUAAAUUGGAUGGUUUGUGUUGAGUGGCACAGUGUUGUCUAGUUAGUCAGUCAGUCAGGUACGACGUAGAACCAGGCACAUAGAUGCAGCGGUCCAAGUUGCCAUACUUCAUUAGCACAACAACAUGAACAUCGGAUUCAUAGAAGUCGUUACUUCAAUGGUAGUAAUAUAUAAAAGAAAGAUUGUGU